AUCCAAUUACAGCCCAAUAAUCGAUCCUCUCUGCUAAACCCUAGAGAGAGGGAGAAAAGAGAGAAGAAACCGAUGAAGAGGAAGAAAUCUGAUUUCUCUGGUGAUUCCGAGGAAAGCCCAUUUGUAUAACAAUGGCGACUUUGGCUUCCGCCGUAUUGCCUUCAACUCUGAAUAUUAAGGUUAAGCAACUCGAACAUCAGCCUUCUCAGCUCCAUGGGUUUUCGCAAUUAAAUGGUCAUCGUCGGGUCUCUCCCAGACGUCGCAUGAAAGUAACAAUGGCGCAGUUUUGCGAGCCAAAUAAGAUCAGGGAGCAACUGAAUAUCAUCAAGGAGAGGUUAUGGGAGACUACCCCUGAGACAAUAAAAGAUUUCCCUUGGAAAAAAGCAGAGAAUUUGCUGCUAGAGAGACUACUUUUUGUCGGACACAAGGCAUUGAAGUUGUCUCUUGUUACAGUUUUUGUUAUUAGCUCUCUGUCCGAUUUCCUAUAUUCCAUUUCUAGGAAUCAAGAAUUGAUGGUUCCCUUUGGUCUCAUUGUUGGAUGUUUGAUGACUGAUUUCUUGAAAGAGACAUCCCAAGAAGCAUUUCGCUCCCCCGAGGAAAAGGGCUUGAAAUGGCAUCUCUUGGCUAUCGGUUGCUUCUUUGUCGUUGUUAAGUUUGUUUCUGCACUUUCUGCAAUACGGACACGAGUGUUUCUUUUGCAUGUUGCAAAUGGUGGAUUGAUGCAAGCUCUGUGGCUAUGGAGAAGUUUGCUGGAAGAACAUGAAAGUAAUGGAUCUUCAGCUGCAGAUGCACAAAGUUAAGUUCUUGAGGUUGAUCUUGCUUGAUGAUGAUUGCUACACAUCGUCCAACAACAUUUUGACCAAAUUCUAUGUUUUCGUUUGACCUACAACAUUGUUAUCAGUAAGUUCUUUAGGGCGAUCUUGCUUGAUAAUCUGUAAAAUAGUGAGUGCUUUAAAAAGUGCAUAGACCCAAUGAUGAAAUUCACCUAGUUACAAAUUGAAAUAUUGUUACUAUGCACUGAAAUAAAUGGCUAGGAAAUUGCAUAUA